GGCACUUGGAUGUGGGCAGACGGAACCAGAUUGGUCGGUUGUGCCUUCACCAACUGGGCACCGUACGAACCAAACAAUAACGGUGGACAAAACUGCGUGCACAUGUGGUGGGAAUACGACUACAAGUGGGACGAUGACUUUUGCGAUUACCAGAAAUAUUUCAUUUGCCAAAUAGGUUCUGGAGAUGAAAGCAGCUGCAACGAGAAUAUGGAUGGCGUCUGUCAGAGCGGGUGGACCGAACACAACAGCCACUGCUACAGGCUGGGUGACGGGCCGGCUGACUGGGACACGGCCGACAAGAUGUGUAAGGCAGCAGGCGCUAAUCUUGCUUCCGUUGAAAACGAUGCAGAGAACAACGCCAUUCUAAGUGUCGUAGGCGCAAUCAACACAGAGUUUCCGGUCGUUUGGGUUGGACUAAAGGACGUCAGUAAAGGUGGAGCAUUGACGUGGACGGACGGAUCGCCAGUCUCCUACACCAACUGGGCCCCACAUGAGCCGGAGAACACCAGAACAAGGAGGUCAACCUCUUGGAGCGAUGUCGGAUCCAGUGGCUUGCGGGAUCCAGGGAACUGUAUCGCUGUGUACCACAGGGACGCGUACGCCUAUCAUCCCACUGCCGGCGGGCAAAGGAGAAAAGGACAGUGGAAGGACGACUUUUGCUACCAUAAGUACCUCUACAUCUGUGAGCGUUCACAAUUGUAACAAUCCUACUUUUUAAAAAAAUGCACGAUAUCGCCCUGUAGAAACUUUGGCAACAGAGGAAGAAGAAGAAAGGCCGACAUUUGCUUGAGAGCAAAUACAGCAUAUUUCAGCCAUCUCUCUCCCCAUUCAAAAAUCACCCAUGUGCAAAAAUGGAACACUUUUGUCUAAAAGUCACUUCUACUAAUGACACUUUAGCCCAAAAUUGAAUCUUACAAAAUUCCCAGUGCAAGAAUGGACUCUUCCAGUGCACCCCAUGUGAAUUUACAC